AUGCCGCCUCCUCCUCAUAUCAAGCCCGAAAAUGUCCUGAAGAGGGCGCAGGAACUUAUCGCCGUGGGCCAGGCCCCCGCCGCCCUCAAUGUCCUUCACGAACAUGUCACCUCCAAGAGGACGCGCAGCAGCCCCAUCGUGUCGCUGGAACCGGUUAUGCUACUUUUCGUCGAGCUGUGCGUGGAUCUUCGCAAGGGAAAGGCCGCCAAGGAUGGAUUGUAUCAAUAUAAGAACAUCGCCCAGAACACCAAUGUGGCUACUAUCGAGGUCGUCCUCAAGAAGUUCAUCGAACUCGCCGAGAAGAAGGUGACCGAAGCCCAAGCCAAGGCCGAUGAGAUCCAGUCUUCGUUGGAAUCCGCCGCCCCCUCGUCCAACGUGGAGGAUUUGGAAGCCAUCGAAACCCCCGAGACCAUCCUUCUCGCCACUGUUUCCGGUGAGCAGUCCCGUGAUCGUACCGACCGCGCUGUCGUGACCCCAUGGCUCAAGUUCCUCUGGGAGACCUACCGGACCGUUCUGGAAAUCUUGAAGAACAAUGCUCGUCUCGAGGUUAUGUACCAGACUACCGCCCUCCAGGCCUUCCAGUUCUGCCUGAAGUACACCCGCAAGACGGAAUUCCGCAGGCUCUGUGAGCUCCUCCGGAACCAUGUGCAGAACGCUGCCAAGUAUUCUGCUCAGAUGCACGCUAUCAACCUGAGCGAUCCCGACACUCUUCAGCGCCAUUUGGAUACCCGUUUCCAGCAGCUGAAUGUGGCCGUUGAGUUGGAACUCUGGCAGGAGGCUUUCCGCAGCAUUGAGGAUAUUCACACUCUUCUGAGCCUCAGUAAGCGCCCGGCCAAGAACGUCAUGAUGGCCAACUACUACGAGAAGCUGGCUCGCAUCUUCCUGGUUAGCGAGAACUACCUUUUCCACGCCGCUGCCUGGAGCCGCUACUACAACCUCCUCCGCCAGUCCGCUGCCACCCUCGCUGCCGGUCAGGGUACCAAGAAGGAGAACCCUUCCGUGACUGAUGCCGACAUGACCAAGGCCGUCUCUUUCGUCCUUCUGUCUGCUCUUGCCAUUCCCGUGAUUAGCACCUCUCGCUCUCGCGGCGCCUUGGUCGAUGUGGAUGAGGUCCGCAAGAACAAGAACACUCGCCUCACCAACCUCCUGGGUAUGGCCCAGUCUCCCACCCGUGCAGUUCUCUUCAAGGAUGCUCUCAACAAGGGUCUGCUGAAGCGUGCUCGCCCUGAAAUCCGUGACCUCUACAACAUCCUUGAGGUCGACUUCCACCCCCUGUCCAUCUGCAAGAAGAUUACCCCCAUCCUCAAGCAGAUUGGCGCUGACCCCGAGAUGGAGAAGUACGUUGUACCUCUGCAGCAGGUCAUUUUGACCCGUCUCUUCCAGCAGCUGUCUCAGGUCUACGAGUCCGUUUCGCUGAAAUUCGUGUACGAGCUGGCCCAGUUCCCUGAUCCCUUCCAGGUCACUCCCGCUAUGAUCGAGAAGUUCAUCAUGAACGGUUGCAAGAAGGGCGAUCUCGCCAUCCGGGUGGACCACAUCUCGGGUGUCCUUACCUUCGACACCGAUGUGUUCUCGUCUGCUAAGGCCCUGCACUCUGGCAGCGCGGCUGGAUCUGCGGAAAGCGAGGUGGGCUCGGUGCAGCGCAUGCAGAACACCCCUGCUGAGAUCGCUCGCCUGCAGCUCACCCGCCUUGCCAAGACUCUCCAUGUUUCGUGCAUGUAUGUCGAUCCCUCGUACCACGAGGCUCGUCUGCAAGCCAAGCAGGCGGCCCAGACCCGCGCUGCUGCCGGUGCUGCCAAGGAGCAUGAGGAGACCUUGGCUCGCCGUGUUAUUAUCGACAAGAAGAAGGAGGCCGCCACUGACGCUUUGCAGCGUAAGCAGAGAGAGGAGGAGACCCGCAAGCGGAUCCGUACCCAGCAGCUCCAGGAGGCUGAGAAGCAGCGUCUGCUUGAUGAACAGCGCGAGCGCGAGAAGAAGCGCAUCAAGGAUGAGCAGGAUCGUAUCCGCGAGCAGGAACUCAAGAAGCAGAUCGAGGAGCUGAAGAGUGGAGUGAAGGGCAUUGACCUCAGUGAAGUUGAUCUCAAGGACCUCGAUGCUAACCGCCUCCGCGCGAUGAAGCUUGCCCAGCUCGAGAAGGAAAAGAACGAGCUCAACGAUCGUAUUCGCACCACUGGCAAGCGUAUUGACCAUCUGGAGCGUGCUUUCCGUCGCGAGGAGUUGAAACACAUUCCUGCCGACUACGAGGCACAGAAGAAGCGUGAUAUGGAGCUCUACGAGGCCUUGAAGGCCGAGACCUUGAAGGAGGCCGAGGACAAGCACAAGGAAGCUGUUGCUCUCAAGCACCGUCUCAGCCGUCUGGUACCUGUGUUCAACAACUUCCGCAAGGAGGUCUCCGAGAAGCGUCACGAGGAGUUCGAGAGGCGUCGCAAGGCUGCCGAGAGAGACUUCGAGGCUAAGAAGAAGCAACGUAUCAAGGAAGUGCAGGACCGCAGGCGCCGUGAGAGGGCUGAGCGUGAGGAAGCUGAACGCCGCCAGAAGGAGGAAGAGGAACGUAUCAAGCGUGAGGAAGAAGAGCGUGCUGCCAAGGAGGAAGAGCGCAGACGUGUUCUGGCUGAGGAGAAGGCUAAGCGCGAAGAAGAGAGAAAGAAACUUGAUGAGAUUGCUCUUAAACAGAAGCAGCGCGAAGAGGAGGCCGAAGCCCGCCGUGCUUCCCGGAAAACUGGUUUCCCAGAGCCGCCCGCUCGUGCAGAGCCUGAACGUACUGCUCCUCGCCUUAACCUGGCUCCUCGCACUGGUGGCGGACCUAGCUGGAGAGAGCGUCAAGCCGCCAAGGAGGCCGCCGGCGGUGCUGCUCCUGAGCCUGCCAAGGAAGAGCCUGCUGCCCAGCCUCCCCGUAGGACCGGUGGCUACGUGCCUCCUCAUCUCCGCGGUGCUUCUGCAGCUGCCCCCGCUGCUCCUCCUUCUAACGGCGCUGCACCAAGCCGCUACGUGCCCCCUAGUGCUCGCGACUCCGGUUCCUCUACUCCCCCCUCUCGUACGCAAACCCCCGCUACUACUUCUGAGGAGCCUAAGAGCGCUGGAAAGUGGGUGCCUCGGUGGAAGCAGCAACAAGGCCAGUAA